GAACCCUCUUUAGUAGACACGCCCUCUUUGCAUGACUCUUGCAAUCCGAAGGUGGGGGAAUUUGGCCUAGUUCUUGUUUACUUCCCAAGUUUCCUCAAUUUUUUUGCUCUCUUCUUCUUCUACUGCUGCAAAAUAGUUGAGCAUGUUACUUUGUGGCAUAUAGGAGGAGCUUCUUCAACCAAGUAUUGAUCUUUAAAGAAGAGAAUUUCGAGGAUAUAUAAUGGAGCUUCCGGAGCUCUCUUUGGCUCCAGGACUGUUUGUUGUCGAUAAGAGCCCCAACAGUUCUUCUUCAGAAUCUGACAGCAAUCUUACACGGAAGAGGAAGUUUUUCGAUGAUCAACUGCUGAAGACUGAACAACAAGCAGUUCACACAAGUGUUGAUCUUCAGCUAAAAGACCCCCUUCCAUUGGACUGGGAGCAAUGCCUUGAUCUUGAAUCAGGUAGAAUGUAUUAUCUGAACAGAAAGACGUCGAGGAAGAGCUGGAACCGGCCCAAGGAUCAAAAGCUAGACCUUGAACUGAACAUGUCAUCAACACAGUGGCCGUCAAGUCAUGAGCAAUAUUGCAGCAAUAUCAGCUCUGAAACACUACUUGAAGACACCAAGAAGAAGUAUAUCUCAAACAGUAACAUGAUGGCUUUGGCUUGUAUGAAUUGCCAUCUCCUCGUCAUACUCUCCAAAUCCUCUCCAUCUUGCCCCAACUGCAAGUACGUCCACUCGAUCCCGUCCCAACAGAGCCCCGCAGCACCCAAACUCCCCGUCGUCAAGUCCUUGAAUACUUUAAGUCUAUUAAACUGACUUCAAGCUUUGCAAAAUUAGAAAAUCGUGCCAGCGGAUCAAAACUCGAUCAAAUCAACCUGCUCGCUGGUAUAAGCUGUCUUUUAACGUUGUAUUCAAAGCAGUAAAUGUAAAUGU